CGCAGCCAUCUACGAGCACAGCGUGGUCUAGUCGGAACGUGCUGCAGUGCCAGUUUCUCCUGAGGAGGCCUUGGUGCUGGUGGACAAAAAUAAGACUUCUGGGUGAAACUACAUAGCAAAGAGGAAGAUGUUGUCGGGAUGAAGCAUAUUUUCCUUGGCUUCUUGCUGAGCGGUAAAUGAUUAGCCAGGUUAUGUUCCUUUACCCUUACAGACAUACCGCAGGUUCUAACAAAGGUGUUUUUACAAAGUACCUGAAACUAUAGUAGUAAUAUUCUAUUUCCAAAAUGCUAUGCAAAAAUUGCUUUCUGUGAGAAAAAACUGCUUUUUCUGAGUAAUUUCAAAUUGCUUGUUGUGCAAAAAAAGGCCAUCUGUAACAAAAAUAGUAAAAAAGAAAUCAUUCUGUGUUGUUUAAUUCUUUCUCACAAAGUGAGCGAGUAUGUUAGCUCUAGGCAGAGAGAUCAGCACAGUUCAAGGGUUAGUUUAUAUUGCAGUAUGAGCCCGGGAGGCAGGACGCUCUCAGGGCACCUGCUACAACUAUAAUAAGCCAGUGGCCCAAGGCAAGAGGCAUGGCAGGACCGUGUGUCUCAUAAGCGUGGAUGAAUCAGCUACACUCUGAAGCGCGAGGGCUGUACUUCACGCAGGUGGUCUGCCUGCAGCACCGGCUGAAUUUUUAACCAGCGGCAGCUGCACGCAGAGCUGCGAGGCACCAGCCAUGCUCCCUUCCCAGCCUCUCCUGCACGCUGCGGUGUUUGCACUCGCAGUCCUUCAGGCCCUUGCCUCCGACACCUUCAUUGCAGCUGUCUACGAGCACGCGGUCAUCCUGCCAGAUGUCACUGACGAGCCCGUUUCUCCCGACGAUGCUUUGGCCCUGAUGAACAAAAACAUGGAUGUCUUGGAAGGGGCCAUCAAGGAAGCCGCCCAGCAGGGUGCCCACAUCAUUGUGACUCCUGAAGACGGCAUUUAUGGCUGGCAUUUCACGAGAGAAGCCAUCUACCCCUACCUGGAGGAUAUCCCUGAUCCGGCAGUGAACUGGAUUCCUUGCACCGACCCCACAAGAUUUGCUCCUGCUCCAGUGCAGGAACGACUCAGCUGCAUGGCCAGGAAUAACUCCAUCUAUGUGGUUGCAAACAUGGGGGACAAGAAGCUGUGUAACUCCAGUGAUCCCGGCUGCCCCAGUGACGGCCGCUAUCAGUACAACACUGAUGUCGUCUUUGACCCGGAGGGGAAACUGGUGGCUCGUUACCACAAGUAUAAUCUCUUUAUGUUAGAAACUCAGUUUAAUUACCCAAAAGAGCCAGAAGCCGUCACUUUUGAGACCCCCUUUGGGAAGUUUGGCAUUUUCACUUGCUUCGACAUCCUUUUCCAUGAGCCUGCUGUGGUCCUGGUGAGCGAGUUGCAGGUGGACACCGUGCUCUUCCCGACGGCUUGGAUGAACGUCCUGCCGUUUCUGACUGCGAUUGAGUUUCACUCUGCCUGGGCUAUGGGCAUGGGUGUCAACUUCCUAGCUGCCAAUACACACUACACCAGCAUAUCUAUGACAGGGAGUGGUAUUUAUGCACCAGACAGAGCCAGAACAUACUACUACAAUAUGAAAAAUGAGGAUGGUCGCCUCCUCAUUGCUGAACUAGAUUCACACCCUCGCCUUUCUCCUGCCUUCCCGCCUGCUGUCAGCUGGAGCUCAUAUGCUUCAAGUGUCAAAAGAUUCUCACCGAAUGACCAUGAUUUCAGCGGACUCAUCUUCCACGACCAGUUCACUUUCACUGAGCUCACUAAGCCUGAGGGGAAUCUCACCGUUUGCCAGAAAGACCUCUGCUGUCACUUGAGCUACAAGAUGGCAGGGAAACAAGAAGAUGAAGUUUAUGUGCUGGGUGCUUUUGAUGGGCUUCAUGUUGUUGAAGGACAAUACUAUCUGCAGAUAUGCACGCUGCUCAAGUGCAAGAGCACAGACCUGAACACGUGCGGGCAGCCGGUGGAGGCGGCUCAGACCAAGUUUGAGAUGUUCUCCCUCAGCGGCACAUUUGGCACCAACUACGUCUUUCCAGGAGUCUUGUACAGUGGGGUGCAGCUGGCCCCCGGAGAGUUUGAGGUAUUGAAUGAUGGGCGCUUGAUAAGUAAGACAAGAACAACAAAACCAGUCAUCACUGUUAUGCUUUUUGGACGCUGGUAUGAAAAGGAUCAUCUGAAACAAGACCCACAACCACCAGCCUUCCCGUGAUAAUACCAUAACUGAAGCUGUACACCAUGAAUCUUAUGUCCAAAUGAGAUACAGCAUCCUCUACUACAACAAUCCCAAUUAUGUUUCUUAUUUCCAGUUGCACAAAUUUCUUAUCAGUGUGCUUUGUUUAGUAAUAAUGCAGCAAUAUUAUUUUAUUGCUACCAUUUAUUGAGAAGUAUCUAUUUCUAUAUUAUAACAUUAUUAAUCUUUUAUUAGUGCAAAACAGCAGUUGUGUUUCUCUCUCUGUUUUCUGGAUUUUUAUUUUUCUAGCCCUCAGGAAAUCUGUAUUGUGGGCCAGAGGAUACAUUCUUAUUAAAACAGCAUUGCGUAUUUCAUAAUUGCAGAUUAUUAUGGGACGAGUAAGUAAAACAGUGGAAGAUGUGA